CCUCCCCAACUGCAAAUUUCUCUCUCUCUCUCUCUCUCUCUCUCUCUCUCUAUCUAUUUCCCGCUUCAAUUCAACAAGACAACACUCCAAAUAUCCAGUGUGUUAGGGUUUCAAAUCCAUGGCUAAAACUUCUCAACGCAUAUGAAACUCCUCACUCUCUAUCUGCACCGUUUUACUCUGUUUCGUCUGAAACUGACAAUAACACCAUAAAAAUGGCCGCUUUCAGUGCUCUCUCCCUUUGUCCGUACAGGUUUUCGUUUCGACCAAACCCUAACGGGUACCGCAUUUCGUGCUCUCUGGCCUAUCCUUCUACAACAGGUGCAAAUGGACGUAAAGUACCCUGUAAAAAAUCAAGAAGACUGGAAGGGGCUGGAAAAAGUAUGGAAGACUCUGUUCAGCGCAAGAUGGAACAAUUUUAUGAAGGUUCUGAUGGCCCACCUCUCCGUGUUCUGCCAAUUGGUGGCCUGGGUGAAAUUGGGAUGAAUUGCAUGCUUGUUGGGAAUUAUGAUCGUUAUAUUCUCAUUGAUGCCGGUAUAAUGUUUCCAGACUAUGACGACCUUGGUGUCCAGAAAAUUAUACCUGAUACUAGAUUUAUCAAAAAAUGGAGUCACAAAAUUGAAGCAGUUGUCAUAACACAUGGUCACGAAGAUCACAUUGGUGCGUUGCCAUGGAUCAGAGGAGAGAGAGAGCAAGUGACUCCAGAGCAGAGAUCGACGCGAAAGGAAGAGAGAGCGAGAGACGAGAGACGCGAGAGCAGAGAGAGAGUGAUCGACGUGAGAGCAAGAGAGAGAGAGCGAGAGCGAGAGACGCGAGCAAGAGGGAAGGCGAGAGGAGAGAGAGACUUACAGUGGUCGACUGGAUGGAGGUCGACAGGCAAGAGAGAGAGAUUUACAGUGGUCGACUGGAUGGAGAUCGACGCCCAGGUAAUCCGAGCAUUGGAUUCUCAUACACCAAUAUUUGCCUCAUCCUUCACAAUGGAGCUCAUUAAGAAGCGUUUGAAGGAGUUUGGGAUCUUUGUUCCAUCUAGGCUUAAGGUAUUUAAAGCUAGAAGGAGAUUCAAUGCUGGGCCAUUUGAAAUAGAGCCUAUCAGGGUCACCCAUUCUAUUCCUGAUUGUUGUGGUUUGGUUCUCCGAUGUGCUGAUGGGACUAUACUUCAUACUGGGGACUGGAAGAUUGAUGAGUCACCAGUGGACGGUAAAGUUUUUGAUCGUGAAGCUCUAGAGGAACUCUCAAAAGAGGGAGUAACAUUAAUGAUGAGUGACUCGACAAAUGUUCUUUCACCUGGAAGGUCACUUAGUGAAGCUGUUGUUGCUGAAGCACUGAUGAGGCGUAUUUUAGCUGCUAAAGGACGGGUUCUUACUACUCAGUUCGCAUCAAACAUACAUCGUCUCGGAAGCGUGAAAGCUGCAGCUGAUAUCACUGGUAGAAAGUUGGUAUUUGUUGGCAUGUCCUUAAGGACAUACCUAGAUGCUGCAUGGAAAGAUGGAAAGGCGCCAAUUGAUCCAUCAACUCUGGUGAAAGUGGAAGAUAUAGAUGCUUAUGCUCCGAAGGAUUUGCUAAUUGUUACAACUGGCUCUCAAGCAGAACCACGUGCUGCACUGAAUCUUGCAUCAUAUGGAAGUAGUCAUUCACUCAAAUUGAGCAAAGAAGAUUUGAUUCUGUACUCUGCAAAGGUGAUCCCUGGUAAUGAGACUCGUGUAAUGAAAAUGCUAAACCGUAUAUCAGAGAUUGGAUCGACAAUAGUAAUGGGAAAGAAUGAGCAGCUGCAUUCAUCUGGUCACGGGUAUCGGGAGGAAUUGGAUGAAGUACUGAAGAUUGUAAAGCCACAACAUUUUCUACCCAUCCAUGGAGAACUCUUAUUCCUGAAAGAGCAUGAAUUACUUGGAAAAUCAACUGGGAUUCGGCACACUAUUGUUAUAAAGAAUGGAGAAAUGCUUGGGGUUUCACAUUUGAGGAACAGAAGAGUGCUGUCUAAUGGUUUUUUGUCACUAGGGAAGGAGAAUUUGCAGUUGAUGUACAGUGACGGUGAUAAAGCAUUUGGUACAUCCACUGAACUCAACAUUGAAGAAAGACUAAGAAUAGCAUUGGAUGGUAUUAUAGUGGUCAGCAUGGAAAUUUUACGCCCUCAAGAUGCUGAUGAUUUGACUCAGAAAACAUUAAAAGGGAAAAUAAGAAUCACUACCCGUUGCUUAUGGCUUGACAAAGGAAAGCUUUUGGAUGCUCUCCACAAAGCUGCCCACGCUGCACUCUCAAGCUGUCCGGUAAAUUGCCCUCUAGCUCACAUGGAAAGAACUGUGUCCGAGGUUUUGAGAAAAAUGGUAAGGAAGUACAGUAGUAAAAGGCCUGAAGUCAUUGCAAUUGCCAUAGAAAAUCCAAGUGCAGUUCUCUCUGAUGAGCUCAAUGCAAGGCUAUCUGGCAAGUCACAUGUAGGUUCUGGGAUAUCAGAUUUAAGAAAAGUGGUGGAUGGUCAUACAGAAAAGAGACAAUCAACUGAAAUAGAAGAGGAAGAAGGCAGCAGCAGGAUGCAUUCAGUGAACAACACACAACAAAAAUUAAAAGGUCAUGGCAUUGAAGACGAACGACUUCUAUCUGAGGAAGCCACUACUUCAGGUUUCGAGUCAGAAGAGAGGUUGUCUCUCGACCCCGAGGACUCAGAUGAUUUCUGGACGAAAUACAUAGUAACAGCACCAAUUGAUCAAUUGGUAAAAGAUAGCAAUGGUUUUGUUCCGCAGGAGGAACAUAAGCAGAAGCUUGAAAAAGAAAGAAAGGUCGAUGACUCGGAUGAAAUUCCUACCCAAUUAAAAUCUUCUAAGCCUGUGAAACAGAACAAAUGGAAGCCCGAUGAGGUUACAAAGCUAAUUAAGUUGCGUGGCCUGCUCCAUCACAGAUUCCAAGUUGUGAAGCGGCGAAUGGUCCUCUGGGAAGAGAUAUCUGCGAACCUGCUGGCUGAUGGAAUUGAUCGAAGUCCCGGGCAGUGCAAAGCUCAAUGGACAUCUCUGGUUCAGAAAUAUGAGUGAUGUUCUUUCUCAACAGGAAAGCAAGUGUGAUGAGAAAAGCCGGGAAAGCUGGCCUUACUUUGAGGACAUGAAUAAGAUUUUUAUGUGAUUUUGGAGGCAACAGCAACAAAAAUGAAUAGAAUUGUGGCAGAAUAGUUUGGCUUGGAUGGUUACAAUGGCAAACCAUCGUGAUUAUGGUUGAUUUCAUUAGCAACAGAAUUUGUAUACCAGUUGGGAAAUUUGUAUUAGGAAGAAGGGAUGACAUGGAAUUGAUUACGAUCUUGUAGCCUUAGGCCCUUCGGGCAAAUUGAUCAAUGAGCAUGGUGCUUGUGGUAUUUACAGAGUAGAAAAUGGUCUUCUUUCUUUGCUUUGCUUUCA